UUUUAGAAAUAUUUUUUACAAAUAAUAUAAACUGACAAAAGCAUUUGCAAUCUGCAGAUGUCGUAUUGUAAAGAAGAUGGAAAAGAUAAAAUAAUCUUUAUCACUGAGGAAGACUAUAAAAAAAGCAGUGAAAAUCCGCUUUUACCUAGUGGUGAAGAAGCCCAUGGAUUAAUUAAAGAAAAUGGUGAGAUUAAUUGGGAUUGUCCUUGUUUGCAAGGAAUGGCUGAUGGUCCAUGCGGGGAAGAGUUUAAAGGGGCGUUUUCUUGUUUCCAUUAUAGUAAUACUGAGCCAAAAGGCAUGGACUGUUUUGACAAUUUUAAAACAAUGCAAGAAUGUUUUUUAAAACACCCAGACGUUUAUGGCACUCUUGAUGAUAAUAAUGAAAAUACUGACACUAGUAUUAAUGAAGAAAUAAAUAAUAAUAAAGGUAUUAAUGAAGAAAUAAAUAAUAAUAAAGGCGAAAGUUCUAGCACAUGAAAAUAUAUAAAUUUUGUUAUUUUUUUUAAUCUAGUAACUUUUUAAUUAAAUUGAAUUUUUUGUUUUAACAAAACACUUUUUCAUUUUUUUUAUUAUAUCUUUUAAUGUAACAUCUAUGAAAGUACUCUAACUUCUUUGUGUACUUAUUGUCUGACAUUGGUUGCAAACUACGUUUAUUAGGGAAGUUGCUCUUGUUAUACAGCUGUUGUUCGAAUUAAGAAAAUGUUUCAUACUAAAGCCUAAUUAUUGUACAACUUUGUGUAAGGAAGCUUGUAUUUUUGUUUUGAUUUUUAUUAAUAAAAAAUAUUAAAACCUUUA